AUGGAGAUAACCAUUGCAUCCCAUCCGUAUGCCCGCUGGCCCGUGGACACAAAGGUCGUUGGAUUUAGGAUCCGGCUGAAGGAUUUCUCAUCUUGUGCUAUCUUCGAGACGAGGCAGACGAUGACUUACCGGCAUGAGGGCAUGCCUGGCCUUCAACGGGGCGUAAUGUUAGGGUUCGCAGCAUGGCUGCUCAUAGAAUGUAAGGCUUAG